GCCAAGUGAGCACUUUGCGUAUUUCAUGUUUUAUUAUUUAUAUUAUUUUUUUUUCAUGGCUCAGCUAAUGAGCGCGCUCCACAUUAGAUUUACUUGUUUCUCGAUUUAGGAGCCAUUUGAGGCACUUUAUCAAAUUGCACCACAUCCACAGCGACUGAGACGGAGACCGGGACUGAGUGCGAGAUUGAGCCAUUGGAGCUGUCAAGCGUGGAGUAUAAAAACGCUGAGGACUACCCAGAUGAAUUACAACGAUCUCGAUCAGCGACGUGUGCGUACACAGUUCUUGAGCCAAAAAUAUUCGUAUUGAAAUGAUGGGAAAACUCAGCUAUUUGUUGUGCCUUGGCCUGGCGCUAAUCAGCGCCGUUUGGACAAUCGAGCUGCAGCCGGAGCCGGACUAUGGACCCGUGGCAUACGAGUUCCAUUGGUCCGUUCAUGAUCCGCACACGGGCGACAUCAAGAGCCAGAAGGAGACACGCAAGGACGACAAGGUCGUUGGCCAGUACACGCUGAUCGAUGCGGAUGGCUAUCUGCGCACCGUGGACUACUCCUCGGAUGAACACAGCGGCUUCAAUGCCAUUGUCCGACGUGAGCCCACCGACAUCAAGAUACCGCAGCCUGCGCUCGAGCCCAAGAAGCUGAUUGCCACCAAGAUACUGGCACCUCUCUCCCCUCUGGUCCACUAUGCACCCAAGGCUCUGCUGAAGGGCCCGGAACCAUCGGAGGGCAACUAUGUAUCUGUGUCGGGACCCACGGCCCAGUACAAAUACUAAAAAAUACUAAAAAAACAUCUCAUAGCCAACUGAUCAUAUAUUUCGACUACAUCUCCAAUUCAUGAACUGCACGAGCCUUCAAGGAAUCUGCCAAUAUCUCAAUUGUGCUAGCCACGUGUCUGGCAUUCAUUCUAUACCAUACAUAUUUAAGUUAUAUACAUACAUUAUUCUGUACAUCAGUCGACAACACACACUUUACAGAUGCAUCGUACAUACAUACCAUACAUAAAUAUAUGCCAUAUUGAAUCUGUUCUCUAGAAGAGCACAAAA